GGACGUUGUUCUGGUUGUCAGUGCUAACUUGGUAGAGCUGGAGCGGCUAGGUGCUUUACAGUCUGCAUCUGUUUACUUGCCUAGCUGUUAUGAAGAGGUGGCGCUUCUGAUUUUGUUGAAGACUGGCGUUACCAUGACCUUGUACGAAAGAUCGUCGCCGUCAAGCAGCAAAACAGGGUUACUAAAGGGAGAGUUGUAAACGUGUCGAAAGAAGCGUUUUAAAUUGAAGGAUGAGUACGACGAGUUGAAUCUUCUUAUUCAAGCUGCAUACAGACUUUUCUGUUUUAUUUCUGUUUCAGCAGUUUAUUUAUUUUGUUAUUUCGGCUGACGUUACAAAAAUGACUUCAAACACCCGUACGAUGACAGCGUCAUGGAUAUUGCUGCUUAUGUUACUGGUGGGAAAUUAUCAAGGAGUGACAUCUGAUGUGGAAGAGGGUGCCAAUUCUCCAGAAGAUAAGGAAGCUUCUGUUUCAAAUUCUAAAAAUGAAGAUGAAAAGGCCGGAUGGCAGUCUGUGGCAGGGCAAUCAUUUUUAUCCAGUGAAUCAUCUCAGGAAAAAGAGAAUGGCAAAGACGAUGGCAGCUCUGAAUCAUUUUUUCAUGGACUAAUGGAUAAUGAAGAUAAUUCAGAUAAAAUUGAGAGAAAACAGAAGCCAGUGCAGAGAGCAAUUGGUGGCACAGCUGAUGGAGAGUUAUGCAUAUUUCCUUUUUUGUUCCUGGGGAGGGAAUACUCUGAAUGUACUUCUGAAGGUCGUGGAGAUGGCCGACUGUGGUGUGCUACAGCUUAUGACUAUGACCAAGAAAAGAAAUGGGGGUUUUGUGAAACUGAAGAACAGGCUAAUCAGAGACGUCAAGCUCAAGAUGCAGAGGAUCUUUACUUAUCUGCUGUUAGUAUUAUUAAUGGAACUAGCAAGAAAAGUCAAAAGAGAGAUGGCUAUAACCUUCUGAUGAAAGCAGCUGAUAUGGGCCACAUUAAAGCAAUGGAGAAAGUGGCCUAUGCCAUGUUGUUUGGAGACUAUUUAACACAGAAUAUUCAUCAAGCUAAGGAAAUCUUUGAAAAACUUGCAAUUGAAGGCUCCCCUAAAGCUCAGAUGGCACUUGGAUUUCUUUAUGGUACAGGCCUGGGUGUGAACUCGAGCCAAGCAAAGGCAUUAGUUUAUUACACCUUUGGAGCACUUGGAGGAAACUUGAUUGCUCAUAUGAUUCUGGGAUACAGAUACUGGGGAGGGAUUGGUGUUCCCCAAAGUUGUGAAUCUGCAUUGACACAUUACCGACUUGUGGCGAAUCAUGUGGCAAGUGACAUCUCGCUUACUGGUGGCAGUGUGGUUCAGCGAAUUAGACUGCUCGAUGAAGCUGAAAACCCAGGGAUGGCUAGUGGCAUGUUGGAGGAAGAUCUAAUCCAGUAUUAUCAGUUCUUGGCUGAAAAAGGAGAUGUUCAGGCUCAGGUUGGACUUGGACAAUUACAUUUGCAUGGAGGACGUGGAGUUGAGCAAAAUCAUGCGAGAGCCUUUGAUUACUUCAAUCAAGCAGCAGAUGCUGGAAACACACACGCAAUGGCUUUUUUGGGAAAGAUGUACUCUGAAGGUAGUGAUGCUGUGCCUCAAAACAACGAGACAGCCCUGCAAUACUUCAAGAAAGCUGCAGAAUUAGGGAAUCCAGUUGGACAAAGUGGACUAGGAAUGGCUUAUUUGUAUGGACGAGGUGUUCCAGUGAAUUAUGAUUUAGCUCUGAAGUACUUCCAAAAGGCAGCUGAACAAGGCUGGGUGGAUGGACAGCUUCAACUUGGAACAAUGUACUACAGUGGAAUUGGUGUGAAGAGAGAUUACAAACAAGCAUUGAAGUAUUUCAACUUGGCUUCACAAGCAGGGCAUAUACUGGCGUUUUAUAACCUGGCACAAAUGCAUGCAACUGGAACUGGAGUUAUGAGGUCCUGCCACACUGCAGUAGAAUUAUUUAAGAAUGUGUGCGAGCGUGGACGCUGGUCUGAGCGGCUGAUGUCUGCAUACAGCAGCUACAAGGAUGGAGAUGCUGAUUCUGCAAUUGUCCAAUACCUCCUGUUGGCUGAGCAAGGCUAUGAAGUCGCACAGAGUAAUGUAGCUUUCAUACUGGACCAGACAGAAGAAGUGAAACUUUUUAGUGAAAAUGAAACUUAUCCUAGAGCUUUGCUGCACUGGAACCGAGCUGCUGCACAAGGAUACACUGUGGCCAGAAUAAAAUUGGGUGAUUAUCAUUUUUAUGGCUAUGGCACAGAUGUUGACUACGAGACUGCAGUUAUACAUUAUAGACUGGCAUCAGAACAACAACACAGCGCUCAAGCCAUGUUCAACCUAGGCUACAUGCAUGAAAAAGGUUUAGGCAUCAAACAGGAUAUUCACUUGGCCAAGCGCUUCUAUGAUAUGGCUGCUGAGGCGAGCCCUGAUGCCCAAGUUCCUGUGUUUCUAGCACUCUGUAAGCUGGGCCUAAUUUAUGCCAUCCAGUAUCUGCAGGAAAUGAAAGCACAAGAUCUCCUGACACACAUUGAUCUGAAUCAGCUGCUGGGCCCAGAGUGGGACCUGUACCUCAUGACUAUCAUUGCCUUACUGCUUGGCACAGUCAUCGCUUACAGACAGAGACUGCAUCAGGCAAUGCCAAGGCCAGUGGCGCCACAACAGCCGGCACCAGGAAUGGCCCCACAGGAACAGCCUCAACAAUAAACCAACAUUGAAGCCCAUUUUGUCUUCUCACACGCUAAGUCAUGGAUAAUAUCUCUUAUGGAAGAUUCUUUCAUUGUCAGCAACAUUUUGUAGACUUGUAAAAAGGAUUUAAAAAUGACCAGAAAACCUAUUUUGCAAAGACUGUAUAGAUCAUGGUUUACAAACAUUCUUCUAGAUCUUAAUAUUUCGUUUUUUUUUCUACCAGGACGUUUAUAGGUAGGACAAAAAUUCUGCAAUGGCCAAUUUAAUGAUAAUUUCUUGAUGUAAUGCAGCACUAAGAAUGACUACAGAGCAACACGAGACGUGAUCAUGAGAUGAUUACAUCGUAGACUGAGCCUUCCUGCAGUGCUGAGUCCACGGAGCGCACAUCCUGUUCUCCUAACCCUGACACACUGAACGGGCUUUGCCUGGAGAGCCCUUAUUGGUCAGAAGCCCCGACGCCAUCGGCUUUUUUGGGGUAAUUGAAAGGCUGAAAACAGACUUGAGCUUUUAUAAAGCUAAUGCAAUGUUAGCAUCUUACCGCAGUUUUCAUGCAUAUCAUUAAACUUUAAUUUCCUUUUUUCAUUUAUACU